AUGACAUCAAGUCCUCAGGAAUCUAACAGCCGAAACUUCCUACCCUUGUUUAUGGGUAAAGGCAGAAAUAUCAGCUUUGUUCUGGACUGCUCUGUGGGAAUGAAUGGCUUUUUGGGACCGCUGAAGAAUUCAAUAAUCCAAACUUUAAUUACUAAAGCUUCACUCAGAGACUCGCUCUUCAACAUUAUCAGCUUUUCAUACAAGGCAACACCAUGGUCUUCUCACAUGCUGCCCUGCACACCUGAUGUAGUCUAUGAAGCGUUAAGCUGGAUCCAUACAUUACACACAAGUCCUGGCAGAGACCUCCUCACAGCACUGGCUUUAGCAUUCUCUGACCCUGCCUGUCAGUCUGUUCAUCUGGUGACCAGUAGUGUCCCAGACAACCCAACACAAUGCUUGGCUUCACUAUCCACCAUGGUGGCGCGCCCUGUGCACACCUUUUACAUAUCUGACAAGACCUCCAUUAACAGCGACACAUCAGACUUCCUGCAGUGCCUCAGCUCCACCACGAGAGGGAGUUGUUAUAUCAUGUCCAUCAAUUCAUCUGGCGGCGUUGAGGGGCUCAGUUUGUUGCAUUCAGCUGAUCACUUAAUUCAGAAGACAAUAUAUACAGAGGACCCACAGCGCUCAAUGGACUUCAAUCAGGUCCCAUACUACAACUGCACAAGCGGUGUCUGUUCUGUCCCAUACUGGUGUUCCCCUGUGAAUCCCUUCAGCACAGUAUCAUGUGUCUCUGCAAGGGUAAUGCAAGGUACUGAGCUUUUUCCUGGCAAACGUGUGCUGGCCAGGAGAGAGAUGGAUGGGUUUUACUACCUAGGGACAAUCAUACAUCAGCUGGGCUGUAUCCGUUUGAGUAACAAAUACAAUUGA